GUCAAGUUAUUUUAGUGCUAUUGGACGUAACUAUAACCUCACUUUUAUCAGUGGUGAAAAAUAUUAUUUUGUUUAUAGAAGAUUUAGAAUAUUUAAAAAGCUAAAAUGAGGUUGCACCCUAUUUUGUUUGCGGGCCCAUCGCAGAAAAGUGCGAGGGCACCACAAAGAGAACCAGUUCCAUUCAAAAUGUUGUUACCUUUGGAGCUGAAGAAAACUGUAUCUGGUAAAGGAGAUAAGUUGAAAGAGGCAGCUUGUAUGCAAGAAAUGGCUGUUAUGUUUGCCUGUUUCAAGAAAUCCGAGUUCGACCAGCAACAGUGCCUGAAGGAAGUCGCAGCUUUUAAGGGAUGUUACAAAGAGUACAGCGAGAGAAUGUCGUCGCAAAGAGAAUUAGGCAAGAAAGGUAUUCUCGUCCCUGGAGAGAAGAAACUGACUCAUAGACAACUAAACCAGCUAUUAAAAUCUUUCCCUCCAAAGAAAUAGUGAUAUUGAUUUGAAAUUUGUAUUUAUAAUUAAUUUUAGAAAUAAAUAGUUAAUGUUACA